GAGAGAGCCCUCUCACAAGAGAGGCUGCUUCGCUCGCGUGCCGCCGGUCCACUGCAGUGAAAAAAGCAGUCAGGAGUCGUUCAGACGCGGUGCGUUGUUGUGGAGCUCGCCGGCGGAGAGCUCGCAAAGUCGCGCGGCUCGGUACGACGUUCGUGCAGCGGCUCUUCAGGCAAGGACCGGGGUCUCGCUAGGAGGAGGAGUAGUCCUGCACCUUCCGUCCAAGCGCUGCAGAAGGGAGCCCCAGGCAGCAUGAUGCUGAGCGGAGGGUGGCGGCUCCUAUUCGCUCUCCUGCUCGCCGUGUGCAGCGUCAGCGCAAAGUCUCGCCACAACCGAGAUGGCAGCGCAACCUACGUGGAGGAAGACGAAGACAAGUUCCUCAGCAGCGAGGACUCGGUCGCUCCGACGGCGCCCAAAGCACUGCCUCUCGACUUUGAUUUGUGCGAGACCAUGGUGUGCGGUCGGGGCCGCCAGUGCGAGCUGAACGAUGCCGGCGAGGCAAGCUGCGUGUGCCAGAAAUCGUGCAAGAAGAGGCGCAAGCCCGUGUGCGGCUCGGACGGCAACUACUACAUCAACCACUGCGAGCUGCACAGGGCCGCCUGCCUCGCGGGAAAGCCGAUUGCCAUCGACCAUCGCGGAAACUGCAAUAGGGUCGAGCACGAGAGCUCUACGGAGAAAACCAACGCCAGCCAGCAGGGCCCGGAGAGCAAGGUAGAUAGGACGGAGGUGCCUUCUUCGUGGACGAAUAUGCCAUCACGCGAGGCAAAGGUGGCCACAACCACGGAGUCUGAGGAUUCAACGCAGCAGGACUGCACUCAGCAGGAGUACGACUUCAUGAAAGAGAACCUGCUGCUCUACAACAACGCCAAGAUGACAGAUAACAAGAAGACAGGCAACGAGUACCUGGUGAGCAUCAUGUUCUCACACUACGACCACAACCACAACGGGCUGCUGGAGGCCGAGGAGCUGUGGAAGGCCGGCGAAGAAGACCGGCUGGGCCAGCUAUCCACUGUGUGCAUACUGGCCGACAUGCUGCUCUUCGACGACGCCAACCACGACGGCCGCCUCAACAUCAACGAGUUCUAUCUUGCCUUUAGUAAGUUAUACAGCGUCUCGGUUGUGUCGCUGGAUAAGUCUCUCGAGGUAAACCACGUGACUGCUCGUGUGGGCGACAACGUUGAGAUCAAGUGUGACGUCACCGGGACUCCUCCGCCUCCAAUCGUAUGGCGACGCAACAACAUGGACCUCUCUUCGCUAAGUGAAGACGAGAUCAAGGUGUUCGUUGAUGGCUCCCUAUACCUCACCAACGUUCAACUGGUCCACUCUGGAAACUACACAUGCCACGCCCAAAGAAAUCAUGACGUCAUCCAAACGCAUAUUUUACACGUUCAAACAAUGCCCGAGGUUCGGGUGAUUCCAAAGCUUCAGUCGCGAGCACCAGGUGAGCUGGCCGAGAUGGAGUGUCACGUGACGGGAGUACCCACGCCGCGGGUCACAUGGCUGAAAAACGACGAAGGCCUUCGAGUCGCCACUGACAAGUAUACCAUCAUAGGAAACGGGACAGCCUUAAUGGUCGGCAAGAUUACCUACAGCGACACAGGAGCCUACAUGUGCGUUGCGUCGAAUCCCGCUGGAUCCACAAGGGACAUCAGCUCGCUCGUUGUCCAAGACCAGCCAACUCCAACGGCCCCAUCCGAGGAGCGCCGGUUCUUCACUUUCCACGACUGGGGUGUGGCUGUGUACGACCCGGACAACUGCCGUCUCUACCACCAGAUUCAAAGCGUCGACAUCAUCCCAGGCACGCAGGAGUACGUGUGCGGCGAUCGGGGAGCCAACUGCUCCUGGGGCCGUGCCAUCAACGUGGCCGACCGAUACGUCUACGUCUCCCAGCCGACCAAGGGCCGUGUGCUCAUCAUAUCGCGCAUACAGAUGGUCGUCGUCGAUGUGGUGGUGACGGACAAGUUCCCCGUGGACCUGCACUACGUUCCGCAUCUGGAUCAGGUGUGGGUUCUGUGCUGGCGAGGCCCCGUGGACCGUGGCACAAAGACCAUCCAGAUCAUCCGUGACGCCAGCCAAAAGAAGAAGCACCACACCGUUCACCCAGAGCCAGUUGAUGGACACUUUGACCUGGUAAGCGGCCUUUUCAUCCCACCGGCUCAGGACCUCGGCUAUCCUUGGAAAUACGGCUAUGUGGUGCACACCAACCAGCGCGGCAUGUACAAGAUGGACCUCCGAGCCAUGAAGUACAUCAAGACCGUCGAUCUGACGCCUUACAACUGUGCCCCAGCAAGCGCCGACUUUGCCUCCCUGGGGGGCUUCGUGAUCCUGGAGUGCCUGGAACCCAUCACUCAGCGGCCAAUGGGCCAGAUCCUGCUCGACUACCUCACCGACACGGUGCUUUCGCACAAGACCAACCUGUUCGGCCGUCCGCGCGUCUCGCCCGACUCACGGCACGUCAUCACGCUGCAGAGCUCCAACAACAGCGUCGUCAUAGUCGCCCAGGAGGUCACCGAGCAAGGUUUACGGUUCCUGUUCGACGUGAAGACAACGCUGCAGAUCAGCGACGCAACUUUCUUCACGUCGCGCACAAGCCACAGCUACGACUUGUACGCCAGCUCGUCCACCAAGGAGGACAUCCUCUUGGUGAACCUGCAGGACGGCAAGGUCGAGGUCAUCACGGGCACGGGCCGUGCGAUCGAUCCACGCGGCGCUCGCUGGGGCAACGCCAACCGGCCCAUCAGCAGCGCGGGCGUCUUCGGCACCUACAUGGUCACCACGGCCAGCGAGGCCGUCUUCGUGCUCAACGGCAAGACGCGCACCGUCAACUGCGAGAUCGGCAACGUCGUUCAUCCGCGAAUGAUGGUUUGGGUGCGCUCGCCCUAAAUUCGGCCGUCUUAUCUCCGCUGCCUCCCCGCCUCUCCCCUCGACCAAUUGCCAGCCUUUGGCGCUCGCUCUCUCUCUUCCCUUUCUCGACAUUUUUUGCCUUGAUUUUACGGUUCUUUCAGGUGUGUAUGAGGCAGACAGCCAUACUGUUUUAACCGAAAGCGAGCUGCCAUGUCCGUUUCAGGCCGAAAAGUAAAUCUGUGCAUUUAGCACGGCACGCACAGCGUCGUCCUACGCUUCGUAGAGUACUGUAUGAAACUGCGUCGGCGUUGACGCAGCCUCCCCAUCCAAGAAAGCCCUGCAGGGGAGAGAGGCCUCCCUCAUGACGCCUGGUAUAUAAAGUAAUGGUGAGAACAGGACGCUCGCGGCAGCGCCCUAGUGGCGUUAUUGCGCAGCCAACAUGGGGGCCGAAAAUUGAGGUGUCUCCCUUUGCGCAGAACUGCUCACAAGUCUAAGGGGGUUUCGAGGAGUAGCUAGCUAAGGCUAACACAUAUGAGCAUGCGAAAGCGACGGCGCAGUAACACCUUGAGUUAAUCUCUAGGUUCAGCUUUCAUUGCUAAAAAGGCGCCACAGUUUCGAGCGAAAAUAGGGUUAAACGUACUUAAUCUACAGCCAGCAAAGGAAAAAAAAAAAGCACAUAGUAAACUUAACCACAAGGCUAUUGACAUUUGACAUCCGUUUUAUAUGUCCGAUUUUUUCCAUUCUUCUUAAGUAGAUCAUUUUGCGAGCAAUAAGUUUUAGCGAUGGCCGUUGGUGGGUGAUGUAGAGGCCAAAAAAAAAAAAAGAUGUUUGUGUACGUGAACAUGCGCUGCCUACACUUUUUUUUUUUUUGUACGGCUUUCUCGUUCAGUGUUUGAGAUCGGAGAACAAGGCUCAUGGCCGCCGUCCAAUUAUCUGCUUUGCGGUCUAUAGUCCGGAGAACUGCAAUCCGCCAUAUUGUAGGGUUUGUAUUUUCUGUUUGCACGCGCUUUCAAAGGCGUGCGCUUUUAAACGUAGCGGAGCGCGUGAAACACCAUGAAUAGCGUAAGCGUUGGGCAGUGAGAGCAACUCGUCGCUAGUCUCACGUGGCAGGAGCCAAUCAGGAAUAGUGGCAAGAUCCAAUACAACAUUCCUCGAGAGCAGUGCGUGUCGUAUCUUUGGCUAAAACACUAAAGUUUGUCACGUCAACAAACUGUUCUGCAGUUAAUGAAGAAUUGAGACAUUUGUUGAGAUGACACUGGGCAUCCUUCAGGGCGAAGUUUUUUUUCAAUCUUAGCCGGGUGUCCACGCUUAUAUUGUUCUGAACUUCUAGUCUCGGUUGAAUUGGCAACGCUGCUUAAACCGACAUUGGUUCUUAUCUAAUGAACGCUAACGGCAGUGGGGGAAACUUGGGCAGUGCCCGACAGAUUCUGCACCGACUGUUUCCUGUCGUAAUAACGAAUACAGAAAGCUGUAACAACAACAAAAAACAAUCUUUAUCAAUGUUUAGUUUUGCCAGCAACUUCCGUUAUCGUACCACUCUUCCGUUGCCAUAUUUUAAACAAUCCGUAGCGGGAGCCGCAUAGCUGAGAGCUAUUAAUAUUUAGGUUACAUUUCCCGUGUGGUGUUUCUUGCGCGUUCCUGAUUAUAGCGAAUCAAAUCUGGACAUUUCUGGCUGCCGCAUACCCGUGUAAAUGUUGUGCUUUCAUUCUCUUUGUUCCUUUAUUUUGCCCAGAGCUGACGAGAUUAGUUGUUUUCAUUUCUGACUACAGAUGGCCGCAUCUGAAGCCGGGUAUGCCUGAUGUGGCCUUUUGCAUUCGGGAGGAUCACUGCGCUUCUGCUAUUGCCGCCAGCGACGGUCAAAAAUUCAUGUUGUACAUAACCUAUAGCGACAUGUAUCCGAUUCAGGUUGUGCAGUACUCGGCGUCUUCUGUAGCAUCUGAGCUCUGUCUGCCAAGUGAGGUUUGGACUUAGUCGGUCUUGAUUUUCAGAGUACGCUAAGGCUAUAAUAAUACCUGGACAAAUAUGGGCGUGUUACAGAGUGUGAAAGCGGCGUGUCGGGGCAUUCAGCGGUGUGUCCGUGGCUUCAUUAAUUAAGCCGGUCAGAUAAGCUGCGGAUGUCCAUGCACAGACCUCCUUUGCCUGAAAUGCCUCAGCUGAAAGGACUCAAUCUUGACCAGAUGCCACUGACAGAUUUAGGCUUUCACUGUAUGGUCGCAUGCGAAGUUUAGAAGGUGUUAAGAUGAUACAAUAUCGUGUUGGCCCGUCUCGGUAGUUGUGAUGGUCGUCAAAAACUUUCUCGCUUCUUCGAAAAUGGCUCGGUAUGACUGUAGGUAAGGCGGCAGAGUUAUCACGCACGAAUAUUUGCGGGAAAGCACAAUUUUCUGUCGUUCUGUGAAGAAAGGUUAUGACUGUUCUAUGUAGGUGAAGCUGCGAAAGCUUCAGGAGAUGCGUCUGUUCAUCUGGCACUUUCCCGCAUCCACCUAAUCCAGUCGGAAUGAUAUGUGUAUAUUUAAAAGAAGCUUUUCUACUUUAGUUUGUUUUAGUUUUUUUUUUUACCUUGGUGACUGUAAUUCUAGUCUUGACUGUAGUUCUCAUCCAUGUAGUGUCACACUUGUAAAUAUGCGUAUUUGAAGUUGAAAUGGAGAUAUGUUGCGCCAAGGCGCGUUAUGUAGACCAACUUGUUUCGCUAUAUCUGAUUUUAAGGUGUGCUUGUCGAAAGUGCAUUGAUGUGUAUGUAUGUGGCAUUAAUAAAGAAC